CACAAAUUUACGGAAUGAUAUGCAUCUCAAAAAUUCCAGAGAAAACUGACUCUGAUCUUUUAAUUUCGGCCUGCCUGCAACAACAUGGGUUUUGGCUAUGCUGGUUAAUCAACAAUAUUAAUUAUGAAGUACUGUACUGGCUUUUUACUGGAGGCUCACUGAAGUGUCCAAUAUGUUUAAUAACAUCAUCGUUAAAAUAUUAGCGGUAGUGUACAGUAGUAGAACGUCACAUUAACUGCAGUGCGCGGGACCAGCCAUAGAAUAAACUGACUGUCAACGUCAACAAGCCGGCUGCGGCAUAGUUUCUCUGCACCCCACCACCGGGAAUCGCAGGGUCCGUUGAUACCUUCUGAGUCUGAACACAAUUCUCCACUGUGGCAUUGGAACAGCAUUCAUACUGUUGCAACGAUGGAAGAGCACCGCUCCCCGCCGACCAAGCAACAGGAUUUCCAACACAUGUAAAACUAAUUUGUACUGGACGUUGUGACAAUGACCGAUUGUUUACGUCGUGCAUCCACUCCAUGAAAUCCUGGGCGGCACAGCAUGAACACGUACGUGUCGGGUCAACGGGACAAAAAGCGUUCUCCUCCAGAUCAUCGGAUAAUCCAGUUUAUUUCAUCGCAAUACAACGCAAAGGAAUUUUUGGACAGAAACGACAGCACCUCAGUUUCGCAUACUGACGACUUGGCAGAACAUUUUUUCGAAGUUCUUGUGAAGCCCGAUUAUUCGAAAGCUGUACAGAACGUCACCAGUAACAGAUCGAUCAUCAACAACACCGGUGAGCCGCGCCGAUGUCCAAGAAUGUCCAAUAAACGCCGCGCUUGGUACGGUUCCGUGGCAUAUCCCACUGUUUUUGACGAAACCCAGGCAUGGGCAUGGGUGAAGACGUUUUUAGCGUCUGCCUGUCCCCGAUGCCGAUUUGGAACGGAAAGUCAGCUGAUAGAUCAAGUUGUACUCCGAUUUAAUCAGUCACGUGAUUCGACUGCUUCCAGCAGAAGGAUAUCGUUCUUUCAUUUUCCGCAAACACAGCCGUCGGCAAUCGAAGAGCCUAUUGGAACUCUGGUACUCGAUGAGGUCAAACAGGUUACGCGGCUACGCAUGCCGCGAUCCUUUUGUAACGACACUUACUGCCGGCAAUCGCCCGCACUGCCAUUGCAAACCGUCGCCGAUGUACUGGUGCUUAGCGGUACAGUGGACGAUUUGUAUGACCUUGCGCAACUUAUCGGGUGCCAGUUGCAUGCCCAAUUUUUGCACACUACCAUUGCGACAGAGCGGAAAGAUGAUGUCAACAACGAGCGUUACGCCACACUGUUCUACGACUGGUUGAACGUGAUUUAUUUUGAGUAUGACUGGAUACCAUUUGCUACUAAUGAGAAGUUCUGUCAAAAGCGCUUCAAUUGUACUAUCUGGAUUGCCUGGGAGAAAUUCAAACGGAAUCGUGAGAUGGCCUUUUUCCCCCCGGCAGCUGAUGGCAGUCUCUCGUAUCAACUGGAACGAUUGCGCAGUUUUUUGACGAGCCCAGACGAAAGCGUGUGUCAGCGAAGAGAGAACUUCGGCGGAAACUACGAUACCGAAGCAGUACAGCCAAAAGUCGACGGAAGAUACACGCUAUGUAUGGACCGAUUUCCCAAGCGCACUCCCGAAGAUUGCCUCGUUUAUUCGGUCGGGAUCCGGGAUGACUGGAGUUUCGACGACCAGAUGCACAGUAUGGGCUGCAGUGUGUACUCUUUCGAUCCAUCCCAUCCGUUUACUCCGUACCGUCGGGGUGACCACCACUGGGUGUUUGACUGGGGCCUCAUCACCAGCCCCGAGCACACACUGUCCCCGACGCCUCCCGGUUGGACCCUGUCCACGUUGCAUGACAUACGCCAACGACUGGGACAUAGUCAACGCACUCUAGAUGUACUGAAGAUGGACUGUGAAGGGGCAGAAAUGACCUUUCUGGAUUCACCGUUUGUCGGCACGUUUCUCCAGUCCGUUGGGCAGUUGGUCAUGGAAAUACACUGGUUACCCGUGGGUUGGCCACCCGUAGCGCCAGCUGUUUUUGAUGGGGCCAAGAUUAUUAGCAAUAUGGCGCGUAUCGUACACCGGUUGGAAAAGCUGGGUUUUGUUAUGUUUUACUCGCGGCCGACUCCCAAAUGGGUGGGAUUCGAUUUCAGAGCGUACGACCGGUCGAUAACACAGGUUAAAGGCUCACAAGCGUUUGUUUACGAGGUUUCGUUUACUAAUCUUAACGGUGCUAAUAAACAUUAA